CACCCUUCACCCCCCUCGUUCUCAUCUGCCACAGUCCAGCACUCCACCAUCAUCACAGAUUUGACACUUGAGACCAGCCAGCUCAGAUCAAGAUCCCACAGGGACUGAGACCCAGUGAGCACUUGUGCCCCGUCAAGUCCCCCAGAGCCCCUGUAGGCACACGGGCACAGCCAGAUUGUAGGACUGGCUGCUAGUCAUGAGUGAAUUCUGGUUGUGCUUCAACUGCUGUAUCGCCGAGCAGCCGCAACCGAAGCGGCGGAGACGUAUAGAUCGGAGUAUGAUCGGCGAGCCCACCAAUUUUGUCCACACAGCGCACGUAGGGUCUGGAGAUCUCUUCAGUGGCAUGAACUCUGUGAACUCAAUUCAGAAUCAAAUGCAGUCAAAGGGCGGGUAUGGAGGAGAGGCCAUGCCUGUUAAUGUACAAAUGCAGCUGGUGGAUACAAAAGCAGGAUAAUUUGUUUUUGGAAGGGGUUCUGUGAUGUCACCGGUACCCCUCCAGCAUCUCGCCAUGUGCCCUCAGUGAAGACUUCACACCUCAAUCUUACGCAGCAAAUAACAGGACAGUUGCACAUGGUAAAUAGAUUGUCCUGAUUGUCAGACAGCAGGACCCCACAGCACUUCAAUGUUGUGUCUGACCCUGCUCAAUAACAGACGCUUGCAUGCCCCUUGAUACCUACCGGCCUAGAUGUGCAAAGUGUGUUUCACUGCAUCCUCUGUUGUUUGCAAUCAACAGUUGCUCUUUCAUUGUGCAAAAAGUGUGUGUCUGGAACCAGUAAGAACAAUUAAUUUGGUUUGGUCCUGUUUUGUUUCCUCAUUUUGCCAUGAAAAGUCUGCUUUGUAAUUUUAGUUUAAUAAUCAGUGUGGAGCUGACAACAAUGUUUGUAUAGAAGUGGCUAGCAACGCACAUGGGGUGCCAAACUGCUCAGUGUAAUGAAAUGGCAAGAAGUACUUUCUGUUUUAAUGCGGACACAACGAAUGGCAUUUUUUUUUAUUAAGGAAAUGUGAUUGUUACCUUGCUGUUUACAAUGUUCCAAUUGCAUUCCUUGUUUUUUCUGUUCUUGUGGUGAUGACUGCUGUGUCAAUGUUCAUACGUAACUUGAUGUAAAGAGACUCAAGCUAUAGAUACUGUAAAGAUAAUAUGUAAAAAAGACAAUUUAGUUUAGCUGUUCUAAAGCUCGUUAUUGAUGUAUCUUCUAAUACAUGGGCAUUUCAAGAAAUAAGGUAACAAGACAUAUUAAUGUAAACUAAUUACAUAUUUAAUCAAAAUAUCCCACCAUGUCUGAUUAGGUAGAGUGCUGCUUCCUCUCAAGGCCACACGACAGCACCACCUGUUGGACAUAAUGUCCAGUUUCAAGAUGGCUGGUCUCAUGAAAACUUGUUAAGAUGUUGAUUAAGUAUCAUAAAACAAAAAUGAAAAAAAGGCAGUCAUGUUACCCUAUUUCAUGGCCUUAUAUGUCUUGUACUUAAACCUGGGGCCAUUCCAUUCACUCUUGUCUGCAGUUAUUGUAGCUUUGUUCAAAGGUUAUUUUUGAAAAUCUUCAUUCCCCCAGAAAUCAUGGCCUUGUCUGACAGCGUAUAUAGAUCAAGGAGCACUCCACUCCGCCCCUGGACUGACAGCAAAACUAUCAAUGUUUUAUAAAGUGCAAUAGCAUUUUAUUUAUUCUGUAUAUUGUGCUAUUCAAAGCCUGCUAUGUCAUUGUGAAUACAAGCCAGAACAAAAUGUAAUGUAAAGAAAUGUAAAAUCUUAAAAAAUGUUAAUAUUUUGUAUUUGAGAUAAAUUAAAGUAAAUUACCUUGUAGGAUUUAAGAUACAAUGCUAAAUGUAUUUGUGCUUAGGACCAUUUAAACAUUUGUCUUUUGUUGAAGUGCUUUAUGUUUGCAUAUACUUGCACUGUGUUUAUCAUGACCUACCCUUAUAGGGAUAGUUCACGCAAAAAUGAACAUGCUCUCAUCAUUUACUCACCCUGAUGCCAUCCCAGAUGUGUAUGUUUUUCUUUCUUCAUGCAGAACACAAACAAAGAUUUUUAGAAUCUGCUAAUUCUCUCCUGGGUUUUAAGUCUCGCCAAACUUGAACUUUGGAACUUUUAUGAAGUCGCCAAAUGUGAACUUUUUUAAGGAAAACAAAACUUCUUUGCAUGAGCUUGUGUUUCUGUUCUCACAGGCAUAUAAAUGAACGUAAAUAGAGUGUGAAGUUUAGUUCGCCUUCUGCCAUUUUGGCACUUUUUAUUUGACACAUGAUGUGCACUGGACUCAAAUGGAUAUUUUGGUAUUUUUGGCAGAAAUCAGAGUGGAUCUGUGAUGUUAUGAUGAUGAAGAUAUUUCAGAAGCACAAUCUGAUAGAUUUCUGUUUUAUUGCAAUAUGAUUUAAAGUGUGGCCAAAGUGUUUUCAGUCAACAUGCAAUACAUGAAAUUAAAUGUACUAUCUGCCUUUUGUCAUGAAUGGAUUUCAACAUCAGGGAAACAUGCUCAACUUUGUUAAUUUCAGAUGUGAAAACUCAAUUGUGGUGCCCAUUAUUUAACAUUGUAUGUCAGCUGGUAGAUUACCAAAUGUGUUCUGUUGAAAUAAAUAUUUUUUACAUGCUGAAUUACCAGCUGUGUGUGACCUUGUUGG